AUGAGCUCAACAUUGAGCCCUUUUACAGAUUUGGUGGAUCCCUCAAGCCUAGGGAAGUUUGUUUACGAUGGCAAUGAGUUGGCUGUUUUAAGCUCGUUGUUAGAUAAAGCUUCUAAGUAUGGGCAUGCGAAAUUAAAAAUAUUCAUUCGGAAUCUCAAUUUACCCCCAUCACAUCCCAUACGUAAAAGUCUUUGGUCACAGCUUUUAUCCACUAAAUAUUCCAUAAAUUUACAGAUUUCCGAUUCAAGUAUCCAUAGUAAUGAUAUUUCAACAACCAGUGUUACAAACAUUGAUGGUUCUUCAUUAUUGGCUGGUUACGAGUUUUCUAAUCAAAUGUUAUUGCCAACUUUUUUCUUAAAUACACUUGGUCAAAAUUGUUUACGAACAAUAUUACAUAAUAUUUUUAUUGACCGCCCAGAACUUGUUUAUGCCCCACAGCUAUGGCCGUUGACAGCAUUAUUUCUACACUAUAUGCCUAUUACAGUUGUACGUAAAUGUAUACUCACUUUAUUGGAUCAACCUGGUACUUUAAUUCAAACAAAAUCUGAUUGGAAAGAACAUUGUUUGUCACUAGAAGAGUUGGCCUAUUUAUGUAAUAUUUUACGAAGAGAUAGUCAGAAACGUACCAUAUUGCUGACUUCCACAUUAAAUGAGAAAAAUGUUAGUGCCACCUGUAAAGAAGAUGAAAGACGACUUGAGUUGGCCCGUUGGUGUUUUUUACUGUGGAAGUUACCUUUUGAACAUCUUGUUUGUUUAAUUGAUAGCUUUUUGUUAGAGGGACCAAAAGUGUUCUAUCGUGCUGGUUUAGUCAUUCUUAAAGCCUCCUUAAGUGGAAAGUAUUCAAAGAGUAUCAGUGAAACCAAUGGAAUCGGGAGGAGUGUUGGUGAUUAUUCUCAUGUGUUUGUGUAUGAUGAAGAAAUAUUCAAACAUAUCCCGUUGACACCAUCAAAGUUAAUGAGAAAAAUGUUCUCACUGCGUGGUGUGAGUCGGACGAAAAUUGCUCAGGCAAUCAAAAGUGUUCAGUCUCUUCAAGUGAAUUUUGAUGUUGACAAACAGCUAAUUCAACCAUGUAAUAAAAGUGGAAAGAAUACAUUCGCUGCUUACUUACUUGGUGGUGAUGCUGAAAAACAAAUUCAUCCGUCUGAGUGUGUAUCGAGUAAUGAAUUAGCUUCAAUUAUCACAUCGAUUGAUGAUCGCAAAUAUUCCUGUUUAUUUAAACCGUAUCGAAUAUUUUCAUCUAAUGUAGAUGGUAAUAGCCUGCGUACAUUUUAUGCUAAGGCAGCAGAGACAGAAAAUCCCGCAACAAUUCUAUUGGUACGUAGUUUGUCAAGGAAUAGUAUUAUUGGAGCUUUUUGUUCAGACAGAUGGCAACCUCGUGUUGAAUCUGUUUACUACGGAAAUGGUUUAUGCUUUCUAUUUCGCAUUAAACCUGGUCCAUUUGUUAUAUAUAGGUGGGUUGGAUCAAGUUCUGGUGAUGAAAAGAUUAUACAUUCCAUACAACAUCAACGUUUUCAACGAGCUUCAAAUAAUGGUAUAGAACUUGGUGGCAGUAUAAGUAAGGGACCUCCAGGUUUGAGCUUGGAUAGUUGUCUCACAACGGCUUCAAGUGGUCCAACUUUAACUUUUUCUAAUCCUUGCUUGAUUACUGAUCCAGCUGAUUUAACACAAACAGUUCAGUGUGAAAAUGGACAAAUUGGUUGUAUGUUCACUGUUGGAUUGGUCGAACUAAUUGGUUUUCAUGAUCUCUAA